UUUGAAACGUUAUGCCAUAUUUCUCGGUGUGUGUGAGCUAAGUAGGGUUUAGGGUGUGUGAAAGUAAGGGAAGAGCGCCAUGGAUUUCAUGCGCGGGGUCGAUCAAGCGGUGGCUUUGUGCCGCGCAUGCGUGGAGACGAAUCGCGGCACGCGGAUGCUCGUUAUAGUGCCGUCCGGGACAUCGGCGGAGGAGUUUAGAGAGAGGGUGAGGGCUGUGCAUUCUACCAAUUUUCCGGAGCACGGAAAUGUAGGCAUCAAGAACAUCAUGAUCAUGGUUGCGGGGUAUUGGUAUGCUUUCACCCAUGGCAACAUUGGAACGGCUGCUCAAGGAACCGAUGCGCGAUUUAGAGUCGAGCUUUUCGAGGAACAGGAGGAAGUCGUGGAUCCUUCUCCAUCCGGGACUCCCGCGAGAAGGGAGCUUGCGGCCGGAGAGGAUGUGCGUCAGCAGCCGGCGAGAGAGGAGAGUAGACUUGGCAGAGCCGUGACUAGUUUGCGACGAACCCUCGAGGAGAUGGAGGACAUUCGUGGAACUGGUCCUGGAAGGGUGGUGAACAAUGCUCAAGGGGUGAGGAUCACUGCUCCUCCUCCAGCGAACGAGGUUAUGGUUGGAUCUGCCGCGGACGAAAGGAAUGACGACGUCCAGAUGGUGGAUGGUUCUGAGCCCGAGUCUAGAGCAGUGGCGGAAACCGAUAUCGCCGAGAGUAGCGGACAGGAAACAAGGUCCGGCCCUUCUCUGCGAUGUAACGACGUUCAGAUGGUGGAUGGUUCUGAGCCCCACUCUAGAGCAGUGGCGGAAAUGGACGUCCCUGAGAGUAACGGACAGGAGACAAGGUCCGCCUCUUCUCUGCGACGAUCGCACGACAUGCCUUCUGAAAAUCCAGCCGAUAAGUCGCAGAACGGUUGUCGAGGGGUUUCUCCUCCUCCAGUGAAACUUGCCAGCUCCGCGACGAGCGACUGCAACAUGGUGGAUGUUUCCGUGCCCGAGGCUGCGGCGGCGACCGCACAGGAAACAGAAGUGGAAGUUAUGAAGGAGCUGGGAGAAAGAACUGUGGAGGGUGGUAACGAUGAACAAGGGAGAGACGAGGUAGAGGUAGAAGGAGCUGGAAGGGAGGGACAGAAACUAGAAUCGAGUACGGACGAUUCGGAAGGAUCUGAGGAGGAGGAGGAUGAACUAGAAGGCAGGAGAGAUGAGCGACAAGAAAACGAGGAAAAGGAAGUAGAGGCAGGACUGCAGAUUGGAGACGAGAAGGAGCUAGAAACUGAGAAAGGCAGUUCUGAGAAAAAUGUAGGAGACAUGGAGGCUCAGAAGGAUGCGACAGCGUCAUCAGUGCUUAAUAUUCUUCUCGGCUCCUCUGAGGGAACUGAAGAUCGCUCGAACGCGAAAGCUAGUGGCGAGCCUACUCGAAUCGAUGAGCCUGUUGCUACUGAUGGCAAUGGCAGUGCCUCAGGACACGAUUUUAUAGCCGAGAAACCUACAGCCAAGCGAAAACACGACUGGUCUUUGGAUGCAUCGCACAAGAGGUCGAGAGUG